AUGGAGAACUCCAUUGGCAGAACCCUCCAAUACUACCUUGUCUCCCAUCCUAAUGUCCUAAACUUCACUUGGAACCCUCCUCACACCCCAUUCUCAUCCCUCCAAUUCCUCUCUCUUUCCAUACUCUCAUAUCUCUCCCUCACUCUUCUCCUCCUCCUCCCUCUCCCCCCUCUCCCACCUCGCUUCCUCAAACCCUUCACCGCCUUCCACAACCUCACUCUCUCCAUCCUCUCCCUCACCAUGACUAUCGCCACCUCCCUAACCAUCCUAACCCACACUCCCAACCUCCGCUCCACCAUCUGUUUCCCUCCUAACACCCCUCCCACCGGUCCCCUCUUCUUCUGGGCCUACAUCUUCUACAUCUCCAAAUUCCUCGAAUUCAUAGACACUCUCUUCAUCAUCCUCUCCAGAUCCAUCAAACGCCUCUCCUUCCUCCACGUCUACCAUCACUCCACCGUUCCAAUCAUGUGCUACCUAUGGCUGAACUCCUCUCAAUCACUCUUCCCAAUCGCGCUUCUAACUAACUCCUCCGUACACGUCAUCAUGUACUCUUACUACUUCCUCACCGCCCUUGGAAUCCGGCCGCCGUGGAAACGCGCCGUCACAGAUUGCCAGAUUGUUCAGUUUUUGUUCAGCUUUGCAGUCUCCGGCGUCAUGCUUUAUUACCAUUUUUACGGCGGUGGAUGCUCCGGGAUGAAGGCGUGGUGCUUCAAUGCUGUUUUCAAUGCUUCUCUUUUGGCUCUUUUUCUUAAUUUUCAUAUCAAGAGUUAUGCUAAUUCCAAGAAGAAUCGUAAUACUGAUAAAGAUUCAUGA